AUGAAGCCAUUCACAAACAUGCUUCUCUUGUUGGCGGUUGCCUCAACCACCCUCGCUAUCCCUGUUGACAGUAAGUAGUAGCGAAUCCUCGAUGGAGUAUCAAUCUAACAACAUUCUGUCCAGAAAAGGGGGAUGCGAUGUUGAUGCCGGGCAUAUACACCGUGGAAGAGAGUCACCGCAAUAAUGCGUAUCCAAAGUCUGAGGCCCAAAUUACAAAGGAGCAUGAGAACGCGAAGAUGUCACCACGAAUGUACGUUGCAGAGGAGGAUCACAAAAUGGAUGCUUAUCCCAAAUCUGAGGCGCAGGUUGCUAAGGAUGAGGAGAUGAUAGCACCACGAAUGUACGCUGCGGAGGAGAAUCACGUCCAGAACGCGUAUCCGGAAUCUGAGGCUCAGUUUGCUAAAGAGGGUGCUAUGAUGGGGUAA